AUGAUUUCAUCCCCUACUACCCUGAAAGUGAAACCACAGGAAGUGAAUAUGGGAUCGAAGGGGCACCCACUUAGCGGCGGCGCCGGUGGUGGAGGCGGAGGUGGCGUUGGUGGAUGGAAGAACAACAAGAAGAAAAUGGCGAUACUGGCAGUGUUGCUUCUGGUCGGAGUAAUGGGACUGAUGGUAGUUCAGAAGGUGAGAGACAGACGGAUGUUCAACCUCGUUAUCAAAGACAAAGAUCGACAAAUCCUCUCUCUUCACCUCCUGUUACAGAAAGAAAGACAAUAUGUGAAAGAACACAAGAAGAAGAACCAGGAUUUGAAUGCGAAAUUGUUCUCCCUUCGAACUCAGAAAACAGAGCUCGAUAACAAGAUGAUGGAGAUGCGAUCCAUGAUUGGUUCCUUAAGAGAUGAACAACGAGCACUUGAAUUAACGAUUGAUGAGAAACAAAAUGAAAUCAAACACAAGGAAUCCAAAAUCAACCAUCUCAAAACCACUCUCCAUUCUUCUUCUCCACCUAAAAUCUUAUCAGUGACUUCCGAUGAUCCAUCACCAUCAAAUCGUGAAGCCAAUUUAACCAGUAAAGUAAAAGUAACCACCAACAUAAACCCUAAUGUCAAACUUCAAAACGCUAGUUUGGAGCAUGAAGAUGACGUGAGGAUUAAAAUAAAGAACACCACCACCAUGGAUCAUGUGAAGGAGACGAGGGGUAAGGAUGAAGAUGAAGAAGGUGAGAGGGAAGUGGAUGUUUCUAUGGAAUCCAGCAAUGGAUCAGAAGCAGAUCAAGAUUACAAGGAAGAAAUAGAAGACUAA